AUGCCUCCCAAACGCAAACGAACACAGGCCGACGACGAAGACGAGGAUACUUCGCUUCUAGGAAACCAAGUAUUGCCUAUUGCCAAUCUCCCCGACGACUUUGCUGGUGAACCUGAGGAUGGGAUGCAGUAUUUGUUUUUGGUCAGGAGAGAUGCAAGAUCGUUGCCCAACACAACCCGAGUAACAAACCCUUAUGCAACUCCUAACAUCCAAGAACCUUCGUCCGCACAGAAGCCGCCUCAUCCGUGUAUUCCAAGUGAAGAUUGGAGGACCGAGUUUGAAAAGUCGUUCAGGGCGUUUCGAGAAGCGAGUUGA